UCCCCGAUGCCCCGAUCACGAUCCUGACGCCGCGAGCCGCGCCGCGAGUGCCGCGACUCUCGUCACUCGUGAAACGGGUUUGGUUUUUGGUUCGAAGCGGCAAAACAGCGGCAACGAGAUAGUUUCCUCGACCCGGAGAAAGGUUUGGUGUUGUCCGAGUGAAAUCAAGAAACGAUUCCUCGUAAUCCCGGCGUGAUUGCCGUAAAGUGUAAAUAUGUCGUGCUAGUGCCGUAAAUGUCAAGCACGAUGAGCUUCUCCAGUGAUGAGGUCAACUUUUUGGUCUAUCGAUAUCUGCAAGAAUCCGGCUUCCAACAUUCUGCGUAUACAUUUGGCAUAGAGUCACAUAUAUCACAAAGCAACAUCAAUGGAGCUUUAGUGCCACCAGCAGCUCUCUUAUCCAUACUUCAAAAAGGACUACAAUAUACAGAAGCAGAAAUAUCUAUAGGUGAAGAUGGUACCGAGCAAAGAAUGGUGGAAUCGUUAUCUCUUAUCGAUGCUGUCAUGCCAGAUGUUGUCGCGACACGACAGAAUCAAAUCAAUCAACAAAAACAGCAAGUGAAAGCCGAGGGUCAAGAUACAAAUGGCGAAGAAGUUGUCCCAUCUAAUGAAGGUGUAAGUAAUAAUGAUCGAGGUGGCGACAGAGGAACGGAGAUGGAAGUGGACGAACAGACGACUGGAGCGACGACAGGCUCCAACGCCAGUGCCGUUGAAAUCCCUGCCAGUAAGGCUACAAAAUUACGCGGCCACGAAUCAGAAGUGUUUAUCUGCGCCUGGAAUCCGACUACUGAUCUUUUGGCUUCUGGUUCGGGUGACAGUACUGCGCGCAUCUGGGACAUGUCGGAUAAUUCGCUAGCACCCAACCAAUUGGUUUUGCGUCACUGUAUUCAAAAAGGAGGCACGGAAGUGCCGAGCAAUAAGGACGUUACAUCAUUGGACUGGAAGUGCGAUGGCACGUUACUCGCGACAGGAAGUUAUGACGGAUAUGCGCGUAUUUGGACAACCGACGGACGGUUAGCGUCUACAUUGGGUCAGCAUAAAGGUCCGAUCUUCGCAUUGAAGUGGAACAAACGCGGCAAUUAUAUUUUAAGCGCCGGCGUCGAUAAAACGACCAUCAUCUGGGACGCCGAAAGCGGACAGUGUACACAACAGUUUAGUUUCCAUUGCGCACCUGCCUUGGACGUCGAUUGGCAGACGAAUACAUCGUUCGCCAGUUGUUCCACAGAUCAGUGUAUACAUGUGUGCAAACUCAAUGUGGAUAAACCAAUCAAGAGCUUCCAAGGACACACGAACGAAGUCAAUGCAAUCAAGUGGGAUCCACAAGGAAACUUACUGGCCAGUUGUUCAGAUGAUAUGAGUUUAAAAAUCUGGUCUAUGAAGCAAGACACAUGGGUACACGAUUUACAGGCGCAUAGUAAAGAAAUUUAUACUAUCAAAUGGUCUCCGACUGGUCCAGGAACACACAAUCCGAAUAUGAAUUUAACUUUGGCUAGUGCAUCGUUCGAUUCUACUGUUAGACUGUGGGAUGUGGAGAGAGGUGUAUGCAUACAUACGCUUACAAAGCACACCGAGCCAGUCUAUAGUGUAGCAUUUAGUCCGGAUGGGAAGUUUCUCGCUAGUGGUAGCUUCGACAAAUGUGUUCAUAUAUGGUCGACUCAAAGCGGCCAGUUGGUGCACAGUUACAAAGGCACGGGCGGCAUUUUCGAAGUCUGCUGGAAUAGUCGCGGUGAUAAAGUCGGUGCAUCGGCAUCCGAUGGCAGUGUAUUUGUUCUCGAUCUUCGUAAAUUAUAAUUACAUCGGCGUUAUAUAGAAGGAAUAUUUUUCAUCGAUUUGUGUGUGCGGCAAUAUCGUUAGAAUUUGAGAUUAUAUCAGCCGUUCAACUUUAUCUUAUUUUUUCACUUUUCUGUUAUACGGGGUGGUCCAUAAUAUCACAAAUGCGCUAUUCACGCAAGAUUUUUUAUGUAACAGUAUCUUGCUAGAGAGAUGCAACGACGGAAUUUCAUGCAAUUGUACCUUUGCGACGAAAUUUAUGGAUAUCUUUCGUGCUUUAUUUAUAUUCUUUAUUGUAAUAAGAUUUAUAGACUUCAACCAUGAUACAAAAUUAUAAGGUUUUAAUUAUAUAUUCAAGUAUUUAAUAUAGACAAACGCGAAAUGUAAUAAAAUAAAGAAUUGGUCCCCAAAAUAUCAUUUGAGAUAAUUUUGGAUCACUCUAUAUAAUUGUAUUUAAGUUACUUGAAUCUUGGAUAUGUUUAUGAUUUAUAUAUGUUGUAUAUUUAUAUAUUACUUUAAGAACUCUACAAUUAAAAAAUUAUACAAAAUAAUAGACCAACUCGAGGAGCAAAUAACGGAUGAAUGUACAAUUUACGAGAAUUUUAAUAAAUUAAAGAUCACAAAAAUAAAACUUUUAUCCACACAGCAGUUUUAGAGCUUACACGCCAUGAUUUAUUAAAUUUUUGAUUUUGUGCUUAUGGAUUGAUCGCUAUUUAACUUCAAUUUUAUUUUCCUCCUGCAAGUUUUAGAUACAAUUUUGUGAUGAAUAAUGAAUUUGGGUUUUCGCGCGACAUACUCUUUUGGAGUGAUUCACGAGCAUUAGGAACCAGUUUUUUAUGAUGACAAUUACAUCUUGAUAUAAAUCAUUACUCUACAUUUGUCCUUCGAGUCAGUCUAUUAGUUUGUUUAUUUUCAUUGAAGUCUUUUUGUCAUUUCAAAGUAUUAUAAAUGAUAUUUAACGUACAGGCAAUUUUCAAUUAAAAAAAACUUUUUUUAAAGAUUAUUUCCUUAAUAUGACUUUAAAAAUGCAUAAAGAGAAAAGCAUGUACAUUGACAAUGUUUUUAAUCGUAACACUGUACAGUGUAACAGUUCGAUAGACGUAAUAUUCAUAGAGAAAUGAAUUACCAUCUUCAUUCGCUAAAAAUGAUUGGAAUAUGUUAUUCCAAGUGUAUAACUGUAAUAAUAUUAAAUAUUAUGUAAGCAUCUCGAUAAAAUAAAUAAAAAAAA